AUACAAAUCAGUGUGUACGUGACGGUCCAUGAACUGGAAGGAUCGUAUAUCGAAUGCAAAAGCGAAACAACUGAAAAAAUAUCUGUUAUUCCCUUGUUGCGCGAAGAACAUCUGUAAAUAUCUCGACAGAAUUAGUAGUUCACACAAACAAUUGGGAAUCCCGUCAUAAUUUCUUGGCUCUUGAGAAAGUUAACAGCAGAGGAUUACGCAUCAGCUUUGCUUUGUUUCCAGAAUUAAUCAAUAAUGAACAUACAGAAUAUUUCACUGGAAUACAGCGCGAAUACUUCAAGUGACUCUACAGACGAUUGCGUCCUUCCGCAGACGCAUGGCGUGCUUCUUAUGAUAGUUAAUUCUAUAGCAGCCCUGGUCGGAACCUGUGGAAACAUUUUGGUUUGUAUUGCGGUGCUCACGAGCACUCGUCUUCGUCGCAGCUCCAACUUCCUUCUUCUCAGUCUGGCCAUUGCUGAUUUAGUAGUGACGAUGAUCUGCGAGCCUUUGGUAGCUGCUAUAGUCGCUAAGAGAGCGUUUCUCCAUGAUUGUGCAUCCAGCUUGGAGCUUGCUUACGUUAUCAGCUCAAACCUCUCGUGCUCUGCAUCAGUCAUGCACCUGGCAGCCAUCAGUGUGGACCGUUUCCUUGCCGUUGUCUACCCUCUUCGCCACAGACGGAUCAUGAACGGUUACGGUUUGAAGAUCAUGUUAGGAGUUGUCUGGGGCGUAUCUAUCAUUUUCGCUUCAUGCCGCAUUCCCUUCCUCAAGGAGACAUCUUAUCUGGUUCUCGUGGUAUUUGUUGUAAGCUAUGGGUUGAUAAUUAUCUGCUACGCGACCAUCGUGACUUUUCUUGUUAAAGAAAAGGGAAGAAAAAAUGAAAUCAGAGCACGACCCACAGUUGUUGUAGAUUCCAAAAUCGAGCGCCGCGUGGCGUUUACACUAGCAAUAGUAAUAGCUAUCUUCACCGCAUGUUGGCUGCCGAUGAUUGUCGUGUUCUUUGCUGCUGGUAAAUCCCUUGUUAAGAUGUAUGGCACUGCUUACAUGUGGAUUCGAUCCUUGGCACUUUCAAAUUCAGCCAUGAACUUCAUCAUCUACAGUGCAAGGAUUCGUGACUUUCGGGAUGCUUACGCUCUAAUAUGCCGAAAGAUCAUCCACUGCACGAAAUAAUUCAGCCGUUGUAAAGAGUAUCAAGGCUGGGGAUACAAACUAACUGUACAUAUAACAGUCAAUCGUGAAUUUCUAGGGUUAAUAACACACUGAAGAACCAGAAAUGUUAUUACGGUAUUAUUCCGUGAUAGGUCGCUUAGUAUUUGAUAAAUAAUUUUCAUUAUAGUUAGUUUGAACAGCAUUGAGUAACGCAGUGUAGUAAAGCUCCAUUUUACUGUAGUGUCAUGGACAAUUAGCAAGGUAUGGUGCUCCAUAAAUGUAUUUUAAUUUCUUAUUUUAAUUCAAAAGAGACGCAAAGACAGACAGAUUACUGAUCGAAGGUGGUUAUUUAAGGGGAAAAUUGAUUAACAUGACAAGCAAGUUAACACGGAUAAAUAUCAGGUCAAAGGUAAUCGAGGCCUUAAGUAAUUGGCUUCGCUCUGACGAAGGGCUAACGCUCGAAACGUCAGCUUGUAAACUAUCUACGUUAUCAACUCCUUGAUAAUAUCAAAUUACCCUGUUAUACUCUUCCACCGACGCAGCACCACAGUUUCUUCAAAAACUAACCUCCCUUAGUAAGUUUAUUCAUAGUUUGUGUAAGUAUUUCCGCUCAAGUGACCGUUCAAUACAUGCGAAAGACAGUGUAAACAGGCUGUUGGGUUCAGUCAUGGGUGACCACGACCGCUUAAUAGAGAUGACCGCUUAGUAGAGGUGAAAGUUACAGUACUUGAGGGAAAAAGCCAAAAAUUUUCCUUGAAAACCGACCGCUAAAUACAGGGUAAUUGCUUGAUAUAGUGCCGCUAAAUACAGGUUCGAAUAAAGUUCUAGGCUGGAAAUUCUUUGUUUCCCAACCACUUAUCAUCAAAAAUAGACAGGAGGGUGACAAAUAUGCAAACAAAUAAUAUUAAAACUGUGAAUGUAGAGAUGGCCCGAAAACUUACUUCCUGUAAAACAGAACUAAGAAAAAGUUAUAGUAAUUAAAAAAAAACAUUCUCAGUAAGAUAAGGAAAAAACCAUAUAUAUUGAAUUAAAAAACAUCUUUGCACUA